AGUAUUUGUGGUUCUUCUCUCACAAUGUUCUCAGAAGCUUUUGACGCAACGGCACUGCCCAAGUCCCACGGCAUGUCCAAAACCGCUAAGGUCGUCGCUGGGGCCACCGCCUGUACAUUAGCAGUUGGAGCUGGCUACUACCUUUAUAACCGUCGACAGCGAGUGCGCAAAAGCGAGGUGGAGAGGUUGGCUUCUCUGGAUCUCGAGAAGCUGAAGCUCAUCACUGAUGAUCUGCUUGUCGACAUGCACGGUGUUCUCAUGGAGAUGGCCCAGAUGACUCAACGUGUGAGAACCGCCUUGGCCCAGAAGGGACUGUCGAAUCAAAUGACGGACGAUCAGCUCACCGAGAUGAUACUUCAGCAGGGUAUUCAGCAGAAGCUCGAGGAAACCCAGAAGCAAGUUCUGAAGAAAUAUGGCGUUACAGCUGAGGAGGUUGAGGCAGCGCAGAAGCGGUACGAAAGUGAUGAGCAUAUCCAGCAAUUUGAGAAGGGUAUCGACGCUAUGUUCGCCUCGGCGACUAAAGGGAAGAUGCCCAUCAUUCCAGGAUUUGAGAUGCCCGAGGCACUCACAGUGGACAUGUGUUUGAAGAUCCUCGAGGCUGUGAAUACGGAGAAGUUGGCGAGGUUCCGCAAAACCCUCAAGGAGUUCUGGCAGAAGCAUCCUCAUCCUGUUGAUGCCGACCAGGCUGAGCUAGGUGGGGCUCUGCAGGAGGCCAACGAUUCAGCUGAGGCCGCGGCUGUAGCUCGAUACGCUGAAAUUGUGGUGAACAAGGCGGUCCUACACAGUGCUGUUGCCACGUACAUGACUAAGGACAAGGCCUUCGCUAAGGAGCGUACUCGGCUGGAGCGGACGCAGCAGUUGGAGAUUGUGAAGAUGAUCAAGGCUGGACCGGAGGGCAUCGAUGCUCUUGGAGCCUCUACUCCUAUAGAGCUCAUCGACGGCCUCAGUGAUCGUCUUGAAGGUACUAAUGAGGAGGGCCUCACGGUGAGGUUGUUGCAAGCAAGUGAUGACAAGAGUGGAGUAGUUGUUGUUAUUACUAAGACUAUGAAGGAUGCUGCUAAGCUUAUGAAGCCUAUAUCGGACGCUAUUGAUAGCGGCAAAUUCGAUAAGAGGAAAGACCUACAGUUUGUAUAUAUGGCAGCGGCUGCCGAUUCCCCGCUUAUCCAGUCUGAGAGGUGUAAGAAGUGUGAUAUAGUAUAUGUUCUAUUCCCACGACCGGACCUUCAGCAGCGUCCUGUGGCAUGUCUGAGCCUCGAGGAGUUGUUGGAUGCUAUAAACGAUGAACAAAUGUUCUCUGAUAAGGGAGUUGGCCUUUUGAAGAUGAGCACGAGUGCGGCUAUGUCCUCGGAAGGGGCCAAGGCUAGUACAACCAAGGGGGUGGCUGAUUUGGAUUGAGAAGUCUGUUCCUCAUUUGGCCCCCUGUGGCCCCCAUACACUUUUCUCGAGUGGGUCGGCGUCCAAUGAAGGAUCGUCGCUCU